AUGCGUCUAUGUGAACCGAGUCAACAAAGAGGUCAGCUUGGGCAACCUGGCAGUAUUCCAGCCCUCGUGCUUCCUUCGGGUGGCAUGGCAACUAGGCACCAAAAGGCUGCUACAGCUGAACGGUUUUUAAACAGGCAUAUCGGAAGAUUUAUCAACAGCACUGCAGCAACAAAUAGAGACACCUUCAGUGCAAUUGGAACGCUGAGGGAGAUCAAACAGUUCACGCCACACAGAAUAACGGCAGAGUUCGUUGAAAUCGCUGAACAUCCCAGUGUGAAUAGAACAAAAGGCGUAGAACGGUUUCAGAUCAGUCGAGCUGAUACGGGGCGGCGUACGAUUGUCAGAAAGAGCGUUUAUCAACAUAAACAGUUCAGAUUUGAAGUGAACAUAAUCUCACCCACCCACCCCAACUAA